AUGUCGCGACAACGAGGCAAUUUCAACAACGUGGGAGCGCUUGUCAUUAAGCUUGUCGCCCUGGGUGCUCUUGCAGCCGCCGGCCCAUGCGACAUCUACGAUUCUGGUGGCACCCCCUGCGUCGCAGCGCAUAGUACCACCCGCGCCUUGUACGGUUCCUACACGGGGCCUCUCUACCAGGUGAAGCGCGGCUCGGACGGUGCCACGAUUGAUAUUGCGCCGUUGUCUGCCGGAGGUGUUGCCAAUGCCGCAUCCCAAGACACGUUUUGCGCCGGCACGACUUGCCUCAUCAGCAUCAUCUAUGACCAGUCCGGUCGGAAGAAUCACCUCACGCAAGCUCCCCCAGGCGGCUUCAAGGGCCCCGAAGCGAAUGGCUACGACAACCUGGCGAGCGCCGUUGGCGCCCCGGUCACGUUAAAUGGCAAAAAGGCCUAUGGCGUUUUCGUCUCUCCCGGCACCGGCUACCGCAACAAUGCUCCCAACGGAAUUGCCACGGGAGAUGCGGCGGAAGGGAUGUAUGCUGUGUUCGACGGCACGCAUUUCAACAGCGGUUGCUGCUUUGACUACGGCAACGCUGAGACCAAUAACCUCGACACGGGCAAUGGCCACAUGGAAGCGUUGUACUUCGGCACCAACAGCGCCUGGGGCAGCGGCGCCGGUAGUGGGCCGUGGAUCAUGGCCGAUCUUGAGAACGGGCUCUUUUCCGGAGCAAACCCCAAGAACAACGGUGGCGACCCGUCUAUCACCCACCGAUUCUUGACCUCGGUGCUCAAAGGCGGGCCCAACAAAUGGGCCAUCCGCGGCGGUAAUGCUGCCUCCGGCUCCCUGUCAACCUUUUACGAUGGAGCCCGUCCGAACGCCUCGGGAUACAACCCCAUGAAGAAAGAAGGUGCCAUCAUUCUAGGCAUCGGGGGCGACAACAGUGUGAGUGCGCAAGGCACCUUCUACGAGGGUGUCAUGACUUCUGGGUAUCCUUCCGACAGCACCGAAAACGCUGUUCAAGCGGAUAUCGUCGCGGCCGGAUACGCCACAGCGCCCCUGACCAGCGGCCCAACGCUGUCCGUCGGCUCGUCUGUUUCCCUGCGCGCGAUAACGGCCUGCUGCACAGCUCGUUACCUCGCCCACUCCGGCUCGACCGUGAACACCCAAAUCGUUUCGGGCUCCUCCAGCUCUAACCUGAAGCGCCAAGCCACCUGGACAGUACGCUCGGGACUCGGGAACUCGAACUGUGUCUCGUUCGAAUCGCUCGACUCGCCGGGGAGUUAUAUCCGGCAUUACGAUUUUGUGUUGCAGCUCAACGCCAACGACGGGUCGAAGGCGUUUGCUGAGGACGCCACGUUUUGUCCGCAGACGGGCUUGGGCCAGAGUAGUCUGGGGACGACUAGCUCGGUGCGGGCGUGGGGGUAUCCGACGCGGUUUUUUCGGCAUUAUGCUAAUGUCACGUAUGUAGCUAGCAAUGGGGGUGUGCAUGAGUUUGACGCGGCGAGCCUGUUUAAUGACGAUGCGAGUUGGGUGGUUGGGGCAGGGUUUGCAUAG